GUCCGUUCGUUCUCUUCUUCAUUCUCCUCCACAAACCCACCAACGACAUUCCUCUUUUCUCUCUCUCUCUCUUUAUUAUGCUUUUCUUGGAUUUCUUUGAAAUUUCUCUUUCUCCAAUUUUAAAAAAUUGAUCUACCUCAUUUAUUAGAUUUAUUUUUUUUAAUAAAAAUUGUGAUUUCCUUUCUUUUUCUGGCGAUUUUUCUUUGACUCUUUCAAACCGUCACCGCACAAAGGUCGGUCAAACAUUUCGCCUCUCUCUCUCACACACACACACAGUCUGUGUGUUUUUUUAUGGACAAAUUCUCCAUUUCCCACAAAUAGCUUUCCCAUUUCUGCUGCUCUGGGUCAAUAUUUGGAAUGAACCCUAGUUGGAAUUGGGAUAUCAUCUGUUUGUUUGUUUCAAAGUUUUGGUGAUGGGUUUCUUUCCACAUUGAAAACCAUUCUCUUUGUUGUUGUUGUUGAUGAUGAUGAUAAAUUUCUAGAUCUUUUUCAAUUUAAUCUGUUGCUUGAUUAUUUGGGUUGGAUCUUUUUUAUAUAUAAAACCUAGAAAUUAGAGACUUUGUUGGAGUGGUUAUUGGAUUAGUUUAAGAACAGGACAAAAAAAUGGAUUUGAAAACAAGCAGUGAUGGAGAUGAGGCUGCCAAAAGUGAGAAAUUAGGGCCUGAAGAAAUGGAGUUAUUAGGGUCAAAGUUGGGAGGGGGAGGGAGUGUUAGUGAUAGGAAUUUGGGUGGAAAGAGCCCUAACAAAGACAUGAUUUUUCGGGCGGAUAAGAUCGAUCUCAAGAGUCUGGAUGUUCAGUUGGAGAAGCAUUUGAGCCGCGUUUGGUCGAGAAGCGUGGAGAGUCAGGUCCCCAGGCCUAAGGAGGAAUGGGAGAUUGAUCCUUCCAAACUGGAGAUUAGGUAUCUCAUUGCUCAAGGGACAUAUGGUACCGUUUAUCGCGGCACUUAUGAUACCCAAGAUGUUGCAGUGAAAUUGUUGGACUGGGGAGAGGACGGCAUGGCCACGGCUGCCGAAACGGCUACAUUGCGCGCAUCCUUUCAACAGGAGGUUGCGGUUUGGCAGAAGCUUGACCAUCCAAAUGUUACAAAGUUUGUUGGUGCUUCAAUGGGAACUUCAAACCUCAAAAUUCCAUCGAAGAACCCUUCCGAGGGUUACACUACCCUUCCGUCGAGGGCGUGUUGCGUUGUUGUGGAAUUCCUUGCCGGUGGGACCUUGAAAAAUCUUUUGUACAAGAACCGGAAAAAGAAAUUGGCCUACAAGAUUGUUAUUCAGCUCGCUUUGGACCUUUCAAGAGGGCUGAGCUAUUUACAUUCCAAGAAAAUAGUUCAUCGUGAUGUGAAGGCCGAAAACAUGUUGCUCGACACAAACCGAACUUUAAAAAUUGCCGAUUUUGGUGUGGCUCGGGUUGAGGCACAGAAUCCCAAGGACAUGACUGGUGAAACUGGUACUCUUGGUUACAUGGCCCCCGAGGUUCUUGACGGCAAGCCCUAUAACCGAAAAUGCGACGUAUACAGCUUUGGAAUUUGCCUUUGGGAAAUAUACUGCUGCGAUCUGCCAUAUCCGGACCUCAGCUUUGCUGAAGUUUCAUCCGCAGUUGUCAGACACAAUCUGAGGCCAGAAAUACCGAGGUGCUGCCCGAGUAUGUUGUCGAGCAUAAUGAAGAAAUGUUGGGACGCGAACCCGGAGAAGAGGCCGGAAAUGGACGAGGUUGUUAGGCUGUUGGAAGGGAUUGAUACGAGCAAAGGAGGAGGUAUGAUACCCGAAGACCAAGCGGGCGGUUGUUUCUGUUUUGCCCCCACCCGAGGCCCGUGAUGAUUCAUGAUUCAUUCACUCCCCAUAUAUAUAUAAUUAUAACUAUUAAUUAAUAUAACUCUCUUCUCAUUUAUUUUUUUUUGAAAAAAAAAUAAUUAUAAUCUCUUCUUCUUGUUCCAAGUGGUGAUGGGGAAAUUACACCCUUAAAAUUAGUUUCCUUAGUUUGGUUUGGAAUGCUACAAACUCAUUUCCAUGUUCAUUUUCAAAUAAAUAGGGAAAAGCUCC